AUGGCUUCAUCAUCGACUGGCGGUGCACCGUCGAUCUCGGCGACGUCGCCUCCCGCCAUUGUCUGCGUGGGCAUGGCAGGCUCGGGCAAGACGACUUUUAUGCAGAGAAUCAAUGCGCACCUUCACUCGAAGAACACGCCGCCCUAUGUCAUCAACCUGGAUCCCGCGGUUCUCAACGUCCCUUUCGACAGCAACAUCGACAUUCGAGAUUCGGUCAACUAUGAAGAAGUCAUGAAGCAGUACAACCUGGGACCCAACGGAGGCAUCUUGACGUCGCUAAACCUCUUCGCCACAAAAGUCGACCAGAUUGUCAACCUACUGGAGAAACGCGCCAAGCCAGAUCCCGAACACCCAGAGCGCAAGCCGAUCGACCGUAUCCUCGUCGACACCCCCGGACAGAUUGAGGCUUUCGUAUGGUCUGCCUCAGGAACUAUUCUUCUUGAAUCUCUCGCAUCAGCCUUCCCUACCGUCAUCGCCUACAUCAUUGAUACCCCGCGAACUGCUUCAACGUCUACAUUCAUGUCCAACAUGCUCUACGCCUGCUCUAUUCUUUACAAGACAAAGCUGCCCAUGAUCUUGGUCUUCAACAAGACUGAUGUCAAGGAUGCUUCAUUCGCAAAGGAAUGGAUGACGGACUUUGAGGCAUUCCAGGAAGCUCUGCGCCGCGACGAGAAUUCUGACACAUUCGGCGGACAAGAAGGUUUCGGAAGCGGUGGCAGCGGCUACAUGGGCAGCUUGCUCAACUCGAUGAGUUUGGUGCUGGAGGAGUUUUAUUCACAUCUCAGCAUGGUGGGAGUCAGCUCAAGGAUGGGAACUGGCAUCGAUGAGUUUUUUGAAGCUGUUGAAGAGAAGAGGAAAGAGUUCUUGGAAGAUUAUCUGCCCGAACUGGAUCGACGACGCGAAGAGAGAGAAGAGCGAAAGAAGAAGACCCGCCAGGAGGAGCUGGACAAGAUGAUGCAGGGCAUGUCCGUGGUUGCCAACGACGCGGCAGAGAAGAAGCCUAUCCAGAUCAACGACGACGACGUGGAUGUCCCCAGCGAUGCCGACUCUGGCGAUGACGACGAAGACGACGAAACGACCAAGGAGGGCUUGCAGGCGAGGUAUGCUGCCGCUAUGGAGGGCAAGGACGAAGGCAUCUUGGGUGACGCAAGUUUCGCCAAGUAUCUACACACGCAGCGGUAA